AUGGCUGCUUCUAAUGGAGUUACAAAACGGAGACAGAGAAUCUCAGAGAAUAGUCGUCGCCAGAUGCAUCAGGAAGUGGAGACGGUGAAAGAUCGACCGGAGAAGAAAGAGCGGGAUCCAGAAUCGUUGAAUCGGAAUAAGAGGAGAAGAAGCGAGAGGUUCGUGACGAGGAACGAGAGAGCUGUAGAAGAAGAUAGCUCAGAUGAGAGUCGGGAAGACGACCAUGUUCAGCAUAGGAAGAGCUUCCCGUCGGGUCGUAUCCCUAGGCAUGCGGCGGCUUUCAAGGUCGCCGAUGAAAUGAUCGGUGUACCUGUCCCGAGAAAAGCUCGCUCAGCAUGUAUAAAGAGGUCUCAUGACUGCCGGACUUCGUCGGGAAGCGGUGGCGGAGGAUUUGGAGAAGAUCACCGAAGACAUCCAGCUUCGCCGGGAAGCUACAGCUUUGAAGUUGCUUCACCGACUUCAUCAACUGUUUCCGUCAAGCAGAAGAAGAGUCUAAACGGAUCUAAAUCCCGGAUACCGAAGCCACCGAAAUCCUCCGGUACGAUUGAGGACGACGACUUGGAGAUUGAAAUAGCAGAGGUUUUAUCUGGACUGAAGAAGCACCCUCUUAGCUUAAAGAGAGAAGACGAUUCGAAGAAUUCUCUGAAAUCAUCCGAGUUUAAAGGUGCGAAGAAGUUGCAAACGGAAGCGAGAAUCGAAACUGGGUACUCAGCGAACAUUGAUAAAUCGACGGAAAGCCCAGAGAUUUCACUUGGGUUGAUCCCGGAAACUCCUUGCUUAUUGAAUGGCGUUGAGGAAAAACAAAGGCUAGAUUCAAAAGGUGUAUUGGAUGGUCCACAGUUGGAAAACAACAGAGAUGAGAGUAAUUGUACUAGUAAGCUCGAGUUUGAUCUGAUGGUUCCUCCAACAAUGCCUUCCUCGCCACAAAGAGUUUCUCUUCUUCCACUGGCUUCUGAUUCCAUUGUUACGAAAGAUUAUUGCAAGGCAAGUGUGGAUUUAGGAGAUAGUUCGGUAAAGAGCAAAGAGAAAGUUAUUGCCAAGAAUGAGAUGGCUACAGAAGAAUUCAAACAGGAGAAGGUUGAGAAACUAGAAUGGUUGAAUCUUGAUCUUGAGAGACCAAGCCAGGAGACAGGUAGAGAUGCUAGCCUAAGAUUAGAAAAUUUGGGUUGGAGCCAACCUCAGCAGGUUAUAUCUGCUCAGCAGAGUUCAGUCUUACCUUUGCCUGUAGCUGUAGAAGGCUGGACUAGUGGGCUUCCUCCUCAGGGAUAUGUGCCCCGGAUCCAGUCCGGCAACCCUGUGGAUGGGAGCUAUGGAUCUUCUACAUUAGUGCAGGCUGCUCCGUUUUCUGCCUCUCAGCCUAGGCCUAAAAGGUGUGCCACACACUUUUUCAUUGCCCGGAACAUUCAGCUACAUCAGCACUUCCUCAAAACAAACCAUCCCUCUACACCAAACAAAGGUUCUGUUGAUCUGAAAGGUGGUGACUUGAGGCCAGCCGCUGGAAACUCAUCCAUGCAAGGAAGCUCUCUCAGUUUAAACUCUCAGGCACAAGAAGGAAUCCCAGUUAAUAUUUCUGCGCCUAAGGAUAAAGCCUCUGGAAGUGGUCAUUUUGCCUCAACCAGGCAAAAGAAAUCUCAACCACCCACUGCAUCUAGUAAUUUAGUGCCUGCUCCAGCUUUCAUCUUCCCCACAAACUACCAUUUCCAACCGGUCAUGGUACCUUCUCAAUCAGCUCACCCAACAAAGAGUCCAUGUGUGGCUGUUGGCUCAGCAUCCGUCAACUUUAGCCAUCCAAGUUUAGCAGCCAGCGAAGCUUCUUCUCCAUACUUUACAGUUAUUCCAAACAAUGCUUAUUCCUUUCAACUGUCAUCAACUGUCAGAGGCGGAACUCCAAGCCAAGGGUUGCCUUUCUACAAUGGAUCCUAUUAUUCGCCGCAGAUGUUCCAACCUGCUCAGCUUCUACAGAAACAGACUCCAGUCCAGAGGGAGUCAAAGGCAGCAAGCUGUUCCUCAUCGUCCCACAGGCAGCUGCAACCACAAGUUAGUGUGAAUAGUCUUCCAAGCCAAGCUAAUGUCCAGAAACACCGUCAACAGUUACAAAAGUCUGAGGCUAAAGCAGCUGGAGAAAACUCUGAUUCAAGGGGUAGCCACACUGAGAAAGGAGGCCCGUAUGGCCAGACCAUGACAGCUUCUGUUCAGCCACAAAACUUUUCCAUGUCGUUUGCGUCUUUUCCCAGUGGUGGUGCUGCCCCUGGAAAUCUGAAUUUCUCCUCUAAUGGCUACCAUAUGGUAUCUGAACCUCCUGUUGUUCACCAGAAAAACUAUCAAGCAAGUGACUCAAAGACAGGAGGUGGAAGUUGCUCAAGCAAUGCCAAGGAUCCGAGAAAGACUCUUUCCGGGAAGCCUCCAGCUAUGAUGAAUGGACAGACACUGGUUUUUGACAAUCCAUCGAGAACUCUCAACUUUGUUUCUGGUACUUGGCCUCCUCCUGCACUAACAACAACAAAUGGAGACCCUUCAGUGUUUACUCAUCAUCUUACACAGAGGCAGCAGCAAUCUGGUCGGAGUAAAAUGAUGGCUCAUUCUCAGGCUGACUCUGUUCCUGCCUCGUCGUCCCAGUGGAAAAACCCUGCAACCUCAUCACUCACGUCGUGCAAUUCCGUAAACCUAAAGCAGUUUCAGUCGCAGCAUCAGAUUUCUUUUGCAGUACCAUCGAAGUCGCAACCUUCUCAGGGGCAACAGGGGAGAACUGGCGGCUCUUUUUCUUCGGUCACAGGGUCUGCUCCACCUGUCAAAGCAGCAAACUCUAAGCUCAACAAUAGUAAAGCCUUGCCAUUAUCACCUGUUCCCUCUUCAUCUGCACACGCACAGGACCAGACUGAAAAUUCAGCUUCCGGCUCAACCCAAAAAACCUCUCCAGUAUGUGGGAGGAACGUGCCACCGAUCAUAACUUCAUGCACAGGUCAUCUGUCUGAGCUAAAGUACUAG